AUGGUUUCUGACGAGACCUACGAGAUCUGCCUCCCGAUCCUUCAAGACCUUACCCUGGAAGAUGAGGAUAAGACCGACAAGCUCGAGGAGGUCUUGAGGGAAAAGACAACGCUGAGGGACCAGGCGCUAGAAAAUGCAAUAUUAGACGCCCUCUGGCGAUUUCGAGAUGGAGGUGGGACGGCAACAUCACCGCCGUCUAUACGGCAGACCAUCUUGCGGCGUCCCUCACCGGCCCCCUGGCGCGGCUCCGGAACCCCACUGUCGGGCUCACCGCGCUUGGGUGUUAGCCCCCUUGCCCCGCCAGGAUUCAUGCCGACCCCUUUCAGUCGGGCCAAGUCCGUAACGGCCUCCCCCUUCGGCUCGCCGAGACCGUCUCCGAGGCUGGCCUUUGCCGCUCCCGUGCCUCACAGCCCAAGCUUGAAUGCGUACCGUUUCAACGAUGAGCCGCCCUCUCAGGAGGUUUUUGGCGACUACCAGUCUGACAAUGUGGACUGGCUGGUGAGCGAUGAUGCCGCCAGUGUAACCUCGUCAAUCGGCAACGCCAGUGGCCUGAACGUGGCGGCUCCCGAGUUCGUAUCCACGCGCCAGGAGACAGAUAUGAGCCCGUACGACAUGCUGCGCACGAUCCUGGGACCUACCAAGACCGAUGAUGAGAUUAGUGCUGCCCUUGCCAUGCAUGGCUACGAUCUUGGUGCCACUGUCCAGGCCAUCAUGGAGACACAAAUGCAAGACAACCUCGCUCUGGCCGCCCAGGCCGAGGAGGCUCGAGUGACUAUCGGGAGGUCACUGACUCCCGACAACCGACCGUCGACCCCAGGAGACCAGCAAAAGACGGGUAUCAUUUGCAAGUUUUAUCUGUCCACCGGAAGCUGUCUGCGCGCCGACUGCCGUUUUAGCCAUGAUUUGAGCAGUCACAUUUGCAAAUACUGGGUGGCAGGCAAUUGUCUCGCUGGGAGCACUUGUAUCUUCUCGCACGACCCGGCACACCUGGCCAACAGGCUCCAUAUCGAUGGGUCGGAUACACCUCCUACCCAGCACGCCACGGUUAAUCUGCAAGACUACAGCAGCUUCCCAGCGCUGCAGCCCGGCACUCCGGAGCAACUGCCUAUAUUUGCGGCCGCUGGCAACUAUCCGGCCCUCGGUGUUACGCCGCCCCCUGGGUUUAAAGGACACCAUGGCUACGCUAACGACCGGCCGCGAUCCCGGCCUGGAAGUCGCCAUCAGCAAAAGGAGGCAACACAGCCUGUGCCCUCGCCGGAUGAUGCGGAUGCUUUUCCUUCGCUCGGGGCUGCCCUUGCCAAGCAGGGUAAAAAGCACCAUGGCAAGAGGGGUGGGCACGGUCACGGUCACAAGGAGAACUUUCCUCCUAACACACUUGCCGAUAUCGUCAAGAUGUCGCCAUCCCCUACGCCUUCGCAGCAGUCCCGAAAGAUGGCCCGCAAUGGUAGUUCGACCAGCAUUCGCAACGGCGAGAACAGCGCGGCCGCCCAAGCCAUCCCAAAUCCCAAGCAUAUUCCGUGGCUCGAGACGGGCGAGAAAGCCAACAAGGCCUAUCUCAAGGCACGCCAGGAGGCUAUCAAGCAUGGUGGCCUCCGCAACAAGUUUCUCCAAAGUGCUGCUCAAGCCUGGAAUCGUAACGAUGCCAGAGCCGCCAAGGCACUCAGUCUCCGGGGACAGAGCGAGAACGACCUGAUGCGGAGAGCUCACCGCGAGGCAGCCGACCAGCUGUACAAGGAGCGCAACAAGGACCGGGCCAACUGCCCAGAAAUCUACGUGGACCUGCACGGGCUGCACCCCGAGGAGGCGGUCGAGUAUCUGGAGAAGGUGCUCAUGGAGAACAUUUCCGAGGUCAGACCAAUCUACGCCAUCACGGGCACCGGCCACCACAGCAAAAAUGGUAAGGACAAGGUUGGCAAGGCGGUCCGGAGCUUUUUGAACGAGUGGCGGUAUGCCUACCGGGAGUUUUCUGUGCCGGGCGACCGCAACAGCACGGGCGGCAUCUUGGGCAUUGACGCGCGGAGCUGGGACCGGAGUCUCUCCAAGGACGGAGCGACGCAUGCGAAGAAGGCUGGCGGCGGUGGUGAAGGGGGGGAGAAGGAGGAUGUGGAUAUUCUUUCGCAGGGUGUCGAGAUUGGGGAGGGCAAGGUCAAGCUUCUUGUUAGGGACACGUCGGUUGCCAAGGAGCCACCCAAGGGGCCGGCGAGGAGGUGA